AAAAAUAUCCACUUCUUGUUCCUCUUCACUUCAUUUUAUCGUUUCUUCAAUGGAUCGUCUCUUUCUCUUAUCUCUUCUCUCUUUAACACUCAUCUCAUCGGCUUUUUCCUUCUCCGAUGAGGAUCCAUUAAUCCAACAAGUCGUUUCCGAAACCAACGACAACCAUGUCUUAAAUGCAGAGCAUCACUUUUCACUGUUUAAAUCUAAGUUUAAUAAGAUCUAUGCUACACAAGAAGAACAUGACCAUAGAUUUAAGGUGUUUAGUGCUAACCUACGACGUGCGAGGAGACACCAGUUGCUUGACCCUUCAGCUGAGCAUGGGGUUACAAAGUUUUCUGAUCUGACUCCAUCCGAGUUUCGAAGGACUUACCUUGGACUGCACAAACCUAAACCUAAGCUUAAUGCUGAGAAAGCUCCCAUCUUACCCACUUCUGAUCUACCGUCUGAUUUUGAUUGGCGUGAAAAAGGCGCCGUCACCGGCGUCAAAAAUCAGGGUUCAUGUGGUUCUUGCUGGUCGUUCAGUACGACAGGAGCAGUGGAAGGAGCUCACUUUUUGGCAACUGGGGAGCUGGUGAGCCUUAGUGAACAGCAGCUUGUUGACUGUGACCAUGAGUGUGAUGCGGAGGAAAAAAGUUCUUGUGAUGCAGGUUGCAACGGUGGUCUCAUGACUACUGCCUUUGAGUAUACCCUGAAAGCUGGAGGUCUCCAACGGGAGAAAGAUUAUCCUUACACUGGCAAGGAUGGCAAAUGCCACUUUGACAAGAGCAAAAUUGCCGCCUCUGUAUCUAACUUCAGUGUUAUUGGUCUUGAUGAAGACCAAAUUGCUGCUAACCUGGUUAAACAUGGUCCUCUUGCAGUGGGGAUCAACGCUGCUUGGAUGCAGACAUACAUUGGAGGAGUUUCAUGCCCAUUAAUUUGCUUCAAGCAUCAGGAUCAUGGUGUCCUCCUGGUGGGUUAUGGUUCUGCUGGCUUUGCCCCUAUCCGUCUUAAGGAAAAGCCUUACUGGAUCAUCAAGAAUUCGUGGGGAGAGAACUGGGGAGAGCACGGAUAUUACAAGAUCUGCAGGGGUCACAAUAUAUGUGGAGUUGAUGCCAUGGUCUCUACUGUCACUGCUGCCCAUACUACUAAUCCUAAUCUUUAAGAUGAAUUUAUCCCAUGAAUGUUGUCUGUGAUCAAGGGUUUUAUUUUACUACCACUACCCUAAUCUGUGUAAAUAUGUCGGUCAGUAAUGUAUUCUGAACUCAAGUCUUAGAUUUCAUAAGCACUUUAUUAUUGUGCCUCAAACGACGUACUGUGAUUUGUAUCUGUAGUUUAUACUGCAAAAAUGAAGUUUGAAUUCUAAGUUAUUUGCAAUA